AGUAAAUUGGAUGGAUAGAGAGUUCCUAGUAGGUAGAAAUUUUGAAAUAGGUAGAACGGGGAGGCUAUAUCCGAUAGUACGACCUAGCUACGCUAGAAGGGUUCACUAUUUCCUUAACAUACCGGGAGAGUUACGAGAACUUAUUUUCCUUCUUGAUUGUCUUCGAGGAACGAGAUCCGGCGAUAAACCCUGUUCCUUUAAGCAUAGACUAGCGCUGUAUAUUUGCUCGAGCUUUCGGAACCGACCUAGAAUAGCUCCGGAAGCUAACUAG